AUGCGCUUCCAGGGGGCGACAGCACUGGGCUUGCUCCACGCAGGUCUCACGGCCGCGAAGCUCACCUACGCGAGCAACCAGGCCAGAGUCUUCCCCGACAGCAAGGCGGUCGCCGCGAACUUCCCCGAAGUCGAAGAUGUCGAGCUCUUCUCGCCCGCCUUCGCGAAUCCGGAGAGCGUGCCCAGCGGCUUCGCCAAUGGCACCAGCAGCCCAACAGACGAGGCGACUCUCGACCACUUCCUCCGCACGCUCGCCGCACGCAACGAGUGGAUGACGUACCGCAGCUCCGAUUUUCGGUCCGAGGAGGGCCGCCUCAUCCCGUACGUCUAUCUAUCCACCUCCGAGUCCGUCCCCGACGGCAACGGCGGCCUCGAGUCCCGCGCUAACGCCAUCGCGCCGGGCAAGGUCCGCAUCUGGAUGCAGGGCGGCGUCCACGGCAACGAGCCCGCCGGCGACCAGGCGCUCCUCGCGCUGCUGGGCAAGCUCGACGCCAACGCCACCUGGGCCGCCUCGGUGCUCGGCAAGGUCGACAUCAUGAUGCUGCCGCGGUACAACCCGGACGGCGUGGCGUACUUCCAGCGGUGCCUCGCGACCAACUACGACCCGAACCGCGACCACACGAAGCUCGCGCGGCAGCAGACCCGCGACAUCAAGAGGCUCGUCAUGGGCUUCGCGCCCCACGUGGGCGUCGACUGCCACGAGUACAGCCCGGCGGACCCCCUCGGCGCGGACGGGCAGUGGGUGGAGGCGCAGGAUGGGCAGUUCUCCGCCAUGAAGAACUCCAACAUCCACCAGGACAUCCGGAGCCUCUCCGAGGCCGUCUUCGCCACCGCCGUCGCCGCAGCCAUGGGGCGCCGCGGCCUGCGCUGGGGCCCCUACGCAACCGGGCACACGGGCACCGACGACGUGGUCAUGAAGGAGACGACGGGCGACGCCAAGAUAGGCGACAGCGCCGUCGCGCUCGGCCAGGCCGUCGUGUUCCUUACGGAGACGCGCGGCAUCGGGCUGGCGGACCAGCACUGGCGGCGGCGCGUCGCCGCGGGGCUGACCAUGGUCGAGGCGAUCAUCCAGACGGCAGCGGACCGGGCCGACGAGGUGUACGCCACGGUCGAGGGCGCGCGCGCAAAGUUCAUCGCCGGCGGCGACGACAUCGUCGUCACCGAGUCGGCGCGGCCGACCAACAUCUCGUGGCAGUUCAUCGAGGCGGCGACGGGCGCGCUGGUCGACGUGCCGGUGCGCUUCCUCAACACGACGCCCGUCGUCGCGGGGCUGACCCGGCGCCGGCCCGAGGCCUACGUGUUCUCGCGGGCGUGGGUCGACGUCGCCGAGCGCCUGCGCGUCACCGGCGUCGACGUGCGCGAGCUGCGCGCCGACUUCCGCGGCGAGGUCGAGGCGCUCAACGUCACCGGCGCCGACGCCGUCGAUGAGGGCGGGGCCAGGUUCGAGGGCGUGUCGCGGACGAAGGUGACGACGGAGACGGUGCGGAAGGAGGUCCGCAUCCUGGCCGGCGGGUUCUGGGUCGGCACGAGGCAGAAGAACGCCGCGCACGCGUUCGUGACGCUGGAGCCGGAGGGCAUCGACUCGUAUGCCACGUUCAACAUCCUCCCCGUGAGCGUGGGCGACGAGUACCCUGUGUACCGGGUGAUGGCGUAG